AUGGAAGAAAUCACACCGACACCACUUCCAAAUAAUAUUCCUGAUGGAAAUUAUAACAAAAUCAAUACUUUACCAACACCAGCAAAUGUCAAUGAGAGUGUUCAAUUUGAAGGAACUGUAUUGCGGUCAUCAAACACAAAACUUUUAGAAUUCAGGCGUGUGUAUCGAUGUGCGAAGUGUAAGAGAGAGUUUGAGGUGGAGGCACAAGUAGAGACAUCGUACCAGUUUGAAACCCCUCCUUCGUGUGGGGGGACAACUCCGACUGGUGAUCUGUGUCGUAACAAAAAAUUCACAGUGAUUGAAGGGAAGCAACAAACGACCGACUACCAAGAGCUCCGUGUACAAGAACCGACACACAACAUCGUUUCUGCUGGAUUACAACGACAAGUCACUGUCAUUUUAUUGGGGGAGUUGGUAGGAGAUACGCAAGCCGGUGAUUUUGUGACAAUCAAAGGGCGUGUUAGAGUGCGUUGGUUAACAUCAAAUGAGGAUGAACAACCACAACUUGAAAUUGUUGUAGUGGCAGAUUAUAUUACAUCAAGAAACAUCGACAGACUUGCUGUCACCAUUACAGAAGAGAUGGAAACAAAGUUCAAAAACAUUUGGGAACAGCACGCAGACCACCCUUUGUUGGCACGAGACUUGAUCCUCCAAUCAGUGUCUCCUGAAUUGUGUGGAAUGCGAUUAUGUAAAUUAGCAGUAAUGCUUGUAGCUUUGGGUGGUGUGCCACAUCUUGAUGAAGUAACUAAAACGACUAUACGAGGUACUGUUCAUCUCCUUUUAGUAGGUGACCCCGGGACAGGAAAGUCCCAGUUACUUAAUUUUGCUUCAAAACUCGGACCAAGACACGUUCAAACGACUGGAGGAGGAACAACCUCUGCUGGACUUACUGUUGCUGUAGUUAAUGUUGGUGGGGAAUUGAGUUUGGACGCCGGUGCAUUAGUUCUAGCGGAUGGUGGGGUGUGUUGCAUUGACGAAUUCUCGACGAUGAGCAAAGCCGAUAAAGCGGAUAUCCACGAAGCUAUGGAACAACAGACGCUCUCUGUUGCCAAAGCUGGAAUUGUAUCUCAACUCCACACCCGAACGGCGAUACUUGCGGCGACAAACCCUAAAGGAAAAUAUGACUGCAGCAAGUCAUUGAGUCUUAACACCGCAAUCGACCCGCCUCUAUUGUCGCGAUUUGAUAUCAUUCUUAUCAUGUUAGACGAGAGAAACCAACAAUGGGACGAGAGAGUAUCUGACUAUGUGUUGAAUGGACAUAAACCAGACAUUGCUCCUCUGUUGACCACCCCCGAAUUACAGAGUUACAUUGUAUACACCAAAAUACAUUUCUUUCCAGAAAUAACAGAAGAGGCCAAAUUGGUGAUUCAAGAGUACUAUAACAAUCAGAGAGGGAAGGAAAGAAGAGAGUCGGGGAGGACGUCUGUCCGUUUACUGGAAUCGUUGAUUAGAAUAUCGCAGGCGCACGCCAAGUUGAUGAUGCAUAAAAGCGUGUUAUUGAUGGAUGCGGUGUGUGCGGUGUUGCUUAUAGAAUCUUCACAGAACGGAGCGUCGAACAGCAAAGAAAACUCCGAGUUUCCGACGGACCCCGAUGAGAGUUAUAAAGUAUAUGAAUUGCGACUGUUGCAGACCUUAAAACUUGAGUACUUGAUUGAUGGGAGUAUCGAGCUUUCACAAAUUGGGAAAGAAAAUAGUCAGUGUGAGAAGUUGCAGUCGACAACCCAAUUUACUAGCGAGGCGGAGAAAAGCAUCGAGGAAGAAGAAUUGGAAACCCGAGAAAGCUUUUGGAAGAAUUACUUGGAGUCACAGAGGAGGAGUGAAAUGUCUGAAAUAGUGUUUCCAUCACAAAAGAUGAGAGGUGGGCAAUUGAGGAAAGGACAAAGUCUUUUAUUUAAUCAAGAAAAAAGGAAGUCGAAUGAAACCAUCGAGGAGAGAAGUCAAAGCCAGUUGUUUAAACCACCGCAAAAGGUUCAAAGCAUUUUACAAAUAGAAGAACACAACAAAACAAACGCCGUAAAGGAAACAAUCAAAAUGAGUUCUGGGAAGCUGACGGUGGAAAAGAAAGCAGUGGAAAGUCCAAAGAAGUUAGUGCAGAGCAAAAUUGAUUUUAGCAAAGCAGCGAAACAAGUUCAAAAGAUGCACAAUGAAGCAUCGAGUUCCAAACAAAUGGAAAUUGAAAAUCCAAAUAAAGACAUGAAUGACAUUGAUAUGGACGGAUUAUUGGAUGGAUUUGAGUUGCUUGAUGACACUCAGAGUGAGAAAAGUGAAAGAAAAGUCGACGCUUUACCACAAGAGACAGUAGAAAAGCCUAAUCAAAACACCACGAAAAUACAACUGGAGACGAAAUUUAAAAAGAGCAAAGAAACCGAAAAAGAAGCCCAGAAAGAAGUGCAGAAAUCCAAAGAAAAGAAACCAACACAAAGUCUCCACAAGAGUACUGAAAAUGCGAAGAAAAUAUCACAACAUAUUAUACAAAAGGUCACACAACACAAAGCAGAAAAAGAAAACAGAGAAAUUGAAAUAGAUAGCAUUUUAGAGGAGCUCGACGACUCUUCUAUUCCGACGUCAUUGUCAAAGAUUGGGUCGUUUGCAAAAAAACCACCACCUACUACCAUUGUGAAACCCCCACAAACUUCACAAACAACAACACAAACAACACCAAAUACCCUCUCGUUGCUCCAAAAGAUAUCCUCAUUCAAAACUCUCAACAAAGGAGCAGGUGUGGUUAAGGUUUCCCCACCAAAGAGAAAGCCUGACGACGAUUUUGACUUGGACGACAUCGACGAGAUGUUCAAGGAGAAACGUCCAUUGUAA